AUGCCUCGAUCACUCGCCCGGCUCCGGUACAAGCCGCCACUAAAUCCCGUCACUUUCGCCAAUACCACCAGGCGCAUCACUCCGCAGCAUGUCGAGCACAUGCAAAAACGCAUCGCCGUCUAUGUCGAGCGUCAAUCCAACCCCAGACAUCUCCGUCUGCAGACUGUUGUGAAUGAAAAGGCAAGGCGGCAGGCGACGGGCCAGCGUGUAGUGUCGCCCAUCAAGCCGUAUACGCUUCGGGAUGUGGUUGAUCCCGAGGGCACAGCUCGGCAUGGCGAGAUCAUCUACAUUUUCCGCAACACCAAGACGAAUCAGAUCAUCUACUCGCUGCAGGAGCUUCUCGACACCCACCACCUCGAACAACUCCCCUUCAUGGGCAAGCAUACGAAACCCCCCGUCCUCCGCCCCGACGAAUGGGUCCCCCACUGUGUCCUUACCUUUCCCACUCCUGCACAAGGCCACAAUGCUUUCCGCAAACUGCGCGAGUUUCGCCGCCUCCACGAGACAGCCUGGGACAAAACAAAUCCAGAAUACCUCCGCAUGGACCGCAAGAAGCGCAUGCUAAAAAUCAUGGACCAACGCGCCAACACCAGCGCCGACCUAGCAGAGGUCCUGCGCAUACAAGAAGCACACGGAGCCAAGACAAGGGAAGAGCAGGAAGAGUUGGACAAGAAAGCGACCGUCUACUUGGACAAGCGAUGGGAACAGAUUGACGCUCUGGCAAAUGCGGGGUUGGCCAAGGAGAAGCCCACGGAUAACGUAAAGUGGCUCCAAGGCCAAAUUCGCUCCAUGGACCUCAAGUUGAAGAUGAAACACAACCAAAAUGAAGCAGACCAGAAGAGUCUAAAAGCCGCCAAGGAGAGUCUGGAAACCCGGCUACGGAAGCUGUCAUAUGCGUUGCGCAAAGCAGAGCAGUUCAGAAACUUACAAGAAGACUUGGCCAAGAAAGCGGCGCCGGCUAAUGAGAUUGGUGCGCAGGGUCAGUUGGAUGAAUUGAGAGACCAAGCGCACGUUCUGGCCCAAGCACUCGAGAACCCGGAUCCGACACGUUCAAAGGCAGAUUUGGACAUGGACAAGGAGAUUCUCGCCGGCCAUCGCGCCAAGAUAUCCAUGCUCGAACAGGCAUUCGAUGCAAAAGCCCAAGUCGAAGCAAGGGAUCAUUACAUUGCAAGGUCUGUGCUUCCACAGGCACUGAAGAAGAAGACUGCCGAACCGUAUACUCUCGAGGGCGUGAGUGUGAGGUGGGCGGAUCUGCAAGACGCGCUCUAUGCGGCUGGUCAGUGGCCUGACGCUAUUGAGCAUGAGCCUCUCGAGAUUCACAAAGCGCGCGGAGAGACGUUGUUACUGAGCGCCGAGGAGUUUGAGGCAGAGAAGCGAAAUGAGGUUAGGGGGAUGAUGGAAAAGAUGGGCUUGUUGGACGGAGAGUACUUUGGUGUGAGUGGGCAUGGAAAUGAGAAGGCGUUUGCGUAUGGAGGAGCUGCUGCUGCUACUGCGCAAUAA